AUGAGCAGUGUAAAUGCAGCAGUACCCAGUCCAGGGUGUGUACACACAACACAACCUGAUGUUGAUGUAACUGGCUCUGUGUGGAAAACGACCGCCACCGUGGAAGAAACCAGCAGCACAUGGCACCAGGCCUACACAAACUCGGGCUUCAGCCCAGCUCCAUCGUCACCCGAACACUUGUGCAGGGCCUGCGGAGGCCAGGUCGACUCGGCAAGCAGGAAUGUGUGUGUAGACUGCAAGAAGCACUUCUGCAGCCGCUGCUGGGUGGAGCCCGAGCUCAGGCCGGCGCUGUGCCAGACGUGUCGGCGCUUCCUCGGCACUCGGUUCGAGCGGAGCCAGCUGAUGGGGCUGAAAGUGAAGGAGCUGCGAGACUACCUGCACCUGCAUGACAUUCCGACUCACAUGUGCCGCGAGAAGGAAGAGUUGGUGGAGCUCGUGCUGGACCAAAACACACCCAGCAGCAGCAGCAACAGUCGGAGCAGCAGCAGCAGCAGUAACGGUUGCAGCAACUCAGCGCCUCCGCCAGCUGCUUCAGAUGUCCCACAGUCCCACACACCUUUAUCCCAGGCAGCCGAGGAGCCAGGGUCUCUUACAGAGGAGGACGAAGAGGAAGAAGAGGAGGAGGAGGGAGAAGAUGAGGAUGAAGAUGACGACGAUGACGACGAUGAUGAGUCAACAGACAGCAGGGAGACGUUGGUGCACAGUCGCAGGGCGUCUCUGUCCGAUCUGAGGAGCGUGGAGGACGUUGAGGGUCUUACAGUGCGCCAGCUGAAGGAAAUCCUGGCACGCAACUUUGUGAACUUUCAAGGCUGCUGUGAGAAGUGGGAGCUGAUGGAAAGAGUUACACGUCUCUUUAAUGACCAGAAAGAUCUCCACAACCUGGUUUCAAACACUAAAAACGAAUCAGGCACAGCAGAACCAGCCGAGCCGAGCGGUCAGGAGGAGAACCUGUGUAAGAUCUGCAUGGACUCACCCAUCGACUGCGUGCUGCUGGAAUGUGGCCACAUGGUGACCUGUAGCAAGUGCGGCAAACGCAUGAGCGAGUGUCCCAUCUGUAGACAGUACGUGGUGCGUGCCGUUCACGUCUUCAGAUCCUGAUGGGGGGGGCAAAGCGGAGAGCCAGAGUACCUGAAGAACACUCCUUUAAUACCCACACACAUUCCAUCUACCGUUCCUGUAUGGAGGCCCAGAGAGAUGUGAGGCUCAGUCACCGUUCUUUGAUCCUCCUUAUUGUUUCUGAUUAAACUUUUUUUGUGGGGGUUUAUUCUAGGGAUGCGUAUCCCUUUCCGCAUUAUCCUCCAUUAUCACAAUGGUGUGAUGUUUGACUGUGAACGAGCACGCCUGGUUUGCUAGCUAGUUAUUUGGGUAACAUUCAGAAACAUGUAUCAUAAAAUAACAUAUCAUUAAAUAUCUGAAGUUAUGAGGGACAAUCAAGCUUAUCUGAUCUAGCAGCUGAAUCUUCACUGUUGUAGUGUCUUUGGUAAGAUAGUAAUCAGAGCAAACAUUGAUGAGCAAUGAUGCCUUUUUCAGCUCCAGGGAAGACGGAGCUGUACGCAAUUUGUUUACCAUCUACAAUGCUUUCCAGCGUGUGUGCUUUCCAGUGACUGAGUUAUCGAGCAAUUUGUUUUCUCUUCACUGCAUGUCAUGCUUUUGUUCGAUUUUUUUUUUCUCUUUGUGCUUUUAUUGCACACCGAGUGUAAUACAGGUAAUGGACGUUUAUACCACAGCAUUGUUGAAUUCUCAAUUCUAAUCAGUUGAUUAAGAGCAGCUCUGUGCAGCACGUUACAGGUUCAUAUUAACACGCGUGUUUUGAUACGUAUGAUUGACAAGUACAAGUGGUCCAUGCAAUCCAAGACUUAAAAGUAAAAAAAAUAAUAAUUGUUGCGAUGUUUAUUUAACAUUUAGUCAGUUUUUGUAAGUCACUAAAAAUAAAAGAGAGAGAGAGAUGUGCAGGUGAGGGAAUAACGCUUUAUUGCUGCUAUAUAGUAAUCUAUAACAGGAACUAACCUAUCUCAUGGAUGUUUUGCAACAUUUAAUGCAACUCUAAGCAGCGCAUAGUUCUUCAAUUAAAAAAAAAAUGUGAUUGCUGUGGUAUAAGAGGAAUAAAACGCACUGUUGAUUAUUGUCCUAUUGCAGCACAUCUGUUUGAUAACUGCAUGUCUUUUCAUGCCAUUAAUGGAAUACUUUGUUAAAUACACUGUGGUUUAACAGCUCGAGUUAUCACGGACUGUAGCUGCGUGAGAAAACUUUUGCGCUUCAGAUGGAAAGCUGAAGUGUAGGCUGCAUGCGCAUGUCUAUAAUCAGGUGCUACUUUUACAUAUUCGCUUUUUUUCACCAGCCUUAUCAGUGUAGUUCUUUUCUUGUCAGACCUCAUCAUAUACAUCAUAAAUAGCACGAUGAAGUAAUGCAAAUUGUGCAAACGACAAGCGUUCUACCCAGAGCGUAUUCCUCCACUUCACCCGCUGUUAUCCUCAGGAUUCCCAAUGACAAAGACAAAUGAAACAAAGAUGAAUCGAAGGAUAUAUUUCCAGUUCUAUAUAUUACAAUUAGAAAGCUGUUUGUGUCUCUACAUGUUCAUGAAGCAAUAAUGAAUCAGAAUUUGCAUAGUCAUAUUUUUUAUUUUACUAUGGUAAUUGACCAUUGGUUGCCCUGGUUUCAAUUUAAUUAUGAUUGGCUUUAUUGGGUGGAGAAGGUGGGGCUUACACACACACACACAAAAAUUUAUUCACAAACAGUGUUGUUUGUGGUGAUUUUGGGACUGCAUUCACGUAUGAUGACUUUCGACAAGAAAAUAACUCUCAUAGCUUUUUUUUUUUUUUACACUAAAUCUCCACGAUGCAUUAUUUUUUUUAAACGAGCCACGUGCUGUUCACCGUGUGGUGAAGGUACACUUUACAACCUCAUCGCCAUCUUAUUUCUUAUGCACAGUAGACCGUUGUGCUGAGCUGGUGGUUUUUCGGACGGUUCCAUGGUCUUCCUUCAGAUGCGUGCAGCUGUAACACUAGCCUUGGUUUGUGUUAGUCACAUGGUGCUCUUAUUACUGCCCACGCGUCCAUUUAGCGCUCUGCACCAGAGAGCUUUUUAACACACUCGUGGAUUUAUUACACCAGGGGUUCUCAAACGUCAAACCAGGGACCUUUUAGUUGUGAGAAAAGUCCACUAACUGCCUCAGUUCAUGUUUAUAAUAAAAUUCUAAUAUUAACCUCAUUAUUUAGAUGUGUACAAUAACAUUUUAGCGAUUUUUUUGGAAACAUGGUGCUUUUUUUUUUUUCUUUUUUUUUACAAAUAACAAACUGUUAUUUGUUUGUAUUUUAGCGUUAUUUAUUAUCUAUAGAUCUAGUUGGUAAGGAGUUACUAAAGUUUUAAUUAAACUUGCUGUUUCAGCAUGAAAACAAAGAAAAGUAAUCGCAUACAACCCCCCCCAAAAAAAUAAAAAUAAAUAAAAAAAUAAAAAAGGUUCCUGGAUCCCACUUUGAGAAUCGGUGUUACACCAAUGCAACAUCGUCUGAGGCUCCAGUCAAAUGUAUUUAUAGCUAUAACUGUAAAUAAGCUGUUUUGUUACCACUGACUUUACAUUUAAUCAAUUGCCACACAACUUUGACCGUAGGUGUUAUUAAAGGCUUCUGUUUGUUUGAUUUUUUUUUUUCCAUAUUCUGAAUGUACUAUAGCUUCACUUCUGGGCCAAUCAGGGCACCGGUAAACAAAUGUAGUACCGUAUGCCAUAUUUAGUUCUACUGUAGGAUUUAGUCAAAACCAAUUUCUGUCUAUUUAGAGGGAAAAGUAAUUAUAUAAAAAUCAUAUCAUUUUCACUAUCCAGGGAAAUUUCAUUUUCAGAAAUAAAGGUACCAAAAUGUAUGGAACCAUCAAGAGGACAUGUUUUGUGCCUGGAAAUGCAAGUAUAAUAUUAAAGUGCAUAAAUCAACCUUGAGGACCACUAAUAUACUUUUAAGCUUUACUCUACAUUAAUAAAAAAAUGCAAUCUAAAGGUACAAACAAUACACACUUGAUUUAUACGUGUAUGAUUUGACCAUCAAACGUCAAAGCAGCAUUUUUCACCCAGCCACACUGCACUGUAUCAACAGAGGGUAAACGGCAAAUUUCUCAUAACUAUUCAUGUGUGUUUUUGUCUGUAGUAUUUAUCAAAAUGUAUAGUGUGGCAUAUAAUGAUGCAUCCAGAUCUUUCAUAAACCGCUAUAAAUCUGUAGUGUGUACAUGAGUAUCUCACAUUUGAAUAUUACUCUGUGUUUUUUUUUUUUUUCUUGAUUAGCUGUUAUGUAAUCGUCUCACUGAGGUUAAGCUUGUUCUGGCAUGUAACAGUAUCCGAACAAUAUUGUCCUGAAAAGAUGGAUUUUUAUCAUAAUCAGAUAUAUAAAGAAAUGCCCCUUCUGAUCCACUAAUAUCUGUUUCAGUCUCACGAAACUCUUUACAUGUUAAAAUUUCAAAAUACAUUAUUUUAUUUGGUUACACUGUAAUGCAGGAGCAAUUUGAACAUUUUUUUGACAAAACUUUCUUUCGGCUUCUCCCGUUAGGGGUCGCCACAGCAGAUCAUCCGCAUGUUUGAUUUGGCACAUGUUUUUACGCUGGAUG